GGAAGAGGAAGUCGUUGCUGCAACCGCAGCCGAAGCAAUGCAGCGAGAGGAGAAGCAGCUUGAGGCAUCAUUAGAUGCACUGCUGAGUCAAGUGGCUGAUCUGAAGAACUCACUGGGAAGUUUCAUUUAUAAGUUGGAAAACGAGUAUGACCGGCUAACCUGGCCCUCUGUCCUGGACAGUUUUGCAUUGCUCUCUGGACAACUGAACACCCUGAACAAGGUUUUGAAGCAUGAGAAGACACCACUAUUCCGUAACCAAGUAAUUAUUCCUCUGGUCCUGUCCCCAGAUCGAGAUGAAGAUCUCAUGCGACAGACUGAAGGACGGGUGCCUGUUUUCAGCCAUGAGGUGGUCCCUGAUCAUCUGAGAACGAAGCCUGAUCCUGAGGUUGAAGAGCAGGAGAAACAACUGACAACAGAUGCUGCCCGUAUUGGUGCUGAUGCAGCUCAGAAGCAGAUUCAGAGCUUGAAUAAAAUGUGCUCAAACCUUCUGGAGAAAAUCAGCAAAGAGGAGCGAGAAUCAGAGAGUGGAGGUCUCCGACCAAACAAGCAGACCUUUAACCCUACAGACACCAAUGCCUUGGUGGCAGCUGUUGCCUUUGGGAAGGGUCUGUCUAAUUGGAGACCUUCAGGCAGCAGUGGUCCUGGCCAGCCAGGCCAGCCAGGAGCUGGGACAAUCCUUGCGGGAACCUCAGGACUUCAGCAAGUACAGAUGGCAGGAGCUCCAAGCCAGCAGCAGCCUAUGCUCAGUGGAGUGCAAAUGGCUCAAGCAGGUCAACCCGGGAAAUUGCCAAGUGGAAUAAAAACCAACAUCAAGUCAGCUUCAAUGCAUCCCUACCAGCGGUGAGUGUGAAUGGCAGCCUUCACUACCAGGUGAUCUUUGCACAGUUGUGCAGUCAUAUUACCUUUGCUCAAGGCUCACCUAGAGGGGUACAAUAAAAGAACAUGGGCUUUCAGCAACAGACAGAUCCCAGCUCCACUGGUGACUAGCUAUAUGACUUUGGGCAACUGACCUACAUUUUCCGAGCCUGUUUUCUCAUUCAUAAAUGGUGAUAAUACCUACCUCAUAGGGUUGUUAUGAGGAUUAAAAUUAGAAAAUGAAUGUAAAACACUUAGCCCAGUGUAUGAAAUAAUAGGUAUUCAAUAAAUGGUCAUUUUCAUAGCCA